CCGCACCUCUUGUCAGACGCGCAGAUUGGCGUGCCGCGAUGUCGCUUUCCGCAAUGAGGACGUUGAUGGAAUUACAAUCAAACUAAAGAGGGAAAAACAUGUCCGAAGUAAGAAAAUUCACAAAAAGGUUGAGCAAACCUGGAACGGCUGCGGGGCUCAGACAAAGUGUGUCGGAGGCGGUGAGGACGUCCAUUGCUGUGGAGCAGCCCAAGAUCAUCGAGCCGCUGGACUAUGAGAAUGUGGUGUUCCAGAGGAAAGCUCAGAUCCACAGUGAUCCACAGAGAGACCUGCUGCUGUGGCCAGCUGAUGAUGUAUCAGAAGCACAGAUUGAACGUCAAAGGAGGACCAUUGUUCCUUCAGUUCCUCAAAAUGCUGAGAACGAAGCAAAAAGCCUGUUUGCCAAAGAGUGCAUUAAGAUGUACAGCACCAACUGGCACGUCAUCAACUAUAAUUACGAGGCUUACUCUGGAGAUUUCCGGACGCUGCCCUGUAAAGGGAUGAAGACGGAAAAGCUUCCCAACCAAGUGUUUGAGGUGGAUGAGGGGGAGGAGGAUUCAUCAUCUCUUUGCUCUCAGAGAGGAGGUGUAAUGAAGCAGGGCUGGCUGCAGAAGGCCAACAUCAACAGCAGUCUAUCUGUCUCCAUGAAGGUGUUCAAGAGGAGGUAUUUCUACCUGUCUCAACUCCCCGAUGGUUCUUACAUACUGAAUUCAUACAAAGAUGAGAAAAACUACAAAGAAUCAAAAGGCUCCAUCUAUCUGGACUCCUGUAUUGAUGUAGUUCCGUGUCCUAAGAUGAAGCGCAAUGGCUUUGAGCUGAAGAUGCAGGAAGGUAACAGUCACUAUCUGGCGGCAGACAGCGAGGCCGAGAUGGAGGAGUGGGUAAACACGCUGAAACAGAGCUUACUGAGCGCGAUGGAUGACAGGAGGAACGGAUCAGAACCUUCUGAAGGUUCUCUGGAUGACGACAGCAGUAGUCAGGGGAAACCAGAGAACAUUGCGGAGAGCUUUGGCCGGAGUCUUCAUCCAGAGCUAAUGAAGUAUGCCAGAGAAACCGACCAGCUGAAUAAAAUGAGCAGGAAUGAAGGUCGACAGAAGAUCUUCACCCUGGAUCCUGAGACGCAGAGAUUAGAUUUUUCAGGCAUCGAGCCUGACGUGAAGCCAUUUGAAGAGCGAUUUGGACGAAGAAUCACGGUUAGCUGUCACGACUUGACCUUUAGCCUUCAAGGAUGUGUCAGUGAGAAGAAUGAUGCCAUCUUAACCAACGUAGAGCCGUUCUUCAUCAGCCUAGCGUUGUUUGAUCUGUCCAAAGGUUGCAAGAUCUCUGCAGACUUUCAUGUUGACCUCAAUCCACCCUGCGUGAGGGAAAUGCUUCAAGAAGCUUCUCCGGGGACACCAACAGAACCAGAAGGAGGAUAUGGAUAUGAAACAGUCAGGAUAAACGGACACGGUCUGCCAGUUCUCCAGAGGGUCGCGGAGUCUCUUAUACGCUUCCCCACUCAGGGUAUUUUCUCCGUUACCAACCCCCACACAGACAUCUUCCUGCUGGCCCGGGUGGAAAAAGUUUUACAGAACGGCAUCACCCAUUGCGCUGAGCCCUACAUUAAGACCGCCGACAUCAGCAAGACGGUACAGAAAGUCCUGAAGACUGCCAAGCAGACGUGCCAGCGGCUGGGCCAGUACCGCAUGCCCUUCGCUUGGGCUGCCAAACAGGUGUUCAAAGACUCCCAAGGCAGUUUAGACACUGAGGGGAAGUUCUCUCCGCUCUACCGCCAAGACAGUAGCAAGAUAUCCACUGAAGACCUCAUCAAACUGCUGACAGAUCUCAAGAAACCAGAGAAGAGCAAACUGCAGAUAAUCCCUGGACAAAUUAACAUCACUGUUGAGUGUGUACCUCCAGACUUGUCAAACUCUGUCACAUCAUUUUAUAUUCCUGUGAAGCCGUUUGAGGAGCAGUGUGAGAGGGUGUCCGUGGAAGUGGAGGAGUUUGUCCCACAAGAGGCCAGAUACAACCACCCAUUCACCAUCUACAAGAACCAUCUCUACAUCUAUCCUCAGCAACUCAAAUACGACAAUCAGAAGACAUUUGCCAAGGCUCGAAACAUUGCAAUUUGUGUUCAGUUCAAGGAUUCUGAUGAUGAAGGAGCCGCCCCGUUGAAGUGCAUCUAUGGCAAGCCAGGGGAUCCACUUUUCACCACCAGUGCUUUUGCUGCAGUUUUGCAUCACAAUCAGUGUCCAGAGUUUUAUGAUGAGAUUAAAAUCGAGCUUCCUGUUCAUGUCCAUGAGAAGCAUCAUGUUCUCUUUACUUUCUACCACAUAAGCUGUGAGCUUGGCAACAAAACCACCACCAAGAAACGGGAUGGAGUGGAAACACUGGUGGGUUACUCCUGGGCUCCUUUAUUGAAGGAUGGCAGAAUACAGUCCUCAGAGCUACAACUUCCUGUGUCUGCUAAUCUACCAGCUGGUUACAUCUAUGACAAAAGCCAAGACUCAGAGAAGUGUUUUCCAUACAUCAAAUGGGUGGAGAAUGCCAAACCAUUAUUUAAAGUGCGAGCAUAUGUAGCAUCAACAAUUUACACUCAGGAUUUGCACCUCCACAAUUUCUUCCAGUAUUGCCAGCUGAUGAAGUCAGCGUCACAGGGCAAUCCUGCUGAACUCGUCAAGUACCUAAAGUGCCUACAUGCAGUAGAGACUCAGGUCAUCAUCAAGUUCCUGCCUACGGUGCUCGUUCAGCUCUUUGAAGUCCUCACUAUGGCAAGCAAAGAGAGUCAAGAUAUUGCUGUCAACUCCACACGGGUAAUCAUUCACAUAGUGUCUCAGUGUCAUGAGGAGGGUCUGGAACAUUACCUACGCAUGUUUCUGAAGACUAGUCUUAAAAAAACUGUCAUCCUCAAACAAACUGCAGACUUCAACACCUGCAACAAACUCCUCAAGUAUUCAUGGUUCUUCUUUGAGACCAUGGCCAAGUCAAUGGCACAAUACCUCCAGGACGGCAACAGAAUGAAAAUGCCUCGAGCGCAGAGGUUUCCAGAAUCGUUCCACCAAGCGCUGCAGUCCCUGCUGUUGUCAAUCAUGCCUCACAUCACCAUACGCUAUGUGGAGAUCCCAGAGGAGGCCCGCUGUGUCAACUUUAGCCUGGCCUGCUUCAUCAAGCGCUGCCUUACGUUCAUGAACCGAGGAUUUGCUUUCAGCUUGAUAAAUGAUUACAUGUGUGGCUUCAGCCUGAAAGAUCCAAAGGUGCUUACAGAGAUGAAGUUUGAUUUCCUUAUGACGGUUUGCAACCAUGAGCACUACAUUCCUCUAAACCUGCCCAUGGCAUUUGGCCGAACUAAGUUGCAGCGAGUCCAGGAUCAGAGUUUGGAGUUCAGCCUGACUGAGGAUUACUGCAAAAACCAUUUCCUGGUGGGUCUGCUUCUGCGAGAGGUUGCUGAUGGACUCCAGGGCUGCCCCGAGAUCAGACAGCUGGCUGCAGCUGCACUCAAGAACCUCAUGAUCAAACACGCCAUGGACGACAGAUACAAUGCUUUCAAGAAUCAGCAGGCCCGCAUCUGUCUGCUGUACCUGCCACUCUUUGAGCUGCUCUACCAGAACCUGAGUCAUAUGAACAGCCCGGGGCAACUCUGCAGAAAUGGCCUCGGCCUCGUGUACCGGGAUGAUUUGUCAGUGGACAGCCGCAGAAGCAGCACAAUCGUUGAUAAGGAACCUACUGGUGCCAUCACCCAGAAUGGACACAUUAGGAAAGGAGAGUCCAGAAGCUCUAUGUAUGGAGAUCCUGGCACUCCAGACAUCAAUGAGUUACACAAGCGCGGUUCCACAAAGAGCAAUGUACCCACCGCUGGCCGUUUGGGGCAGUAUGAGAUCAGAGGGCUGCUCCUGUGUUUCCUGCAUAUUGUAAGAACUUUGUCAGAUGAUACUCUGAUGACCUACUGGUCUAAAGUCAAUCCACAAGACAUCAUGAACUUCCUCAGUCUGCUCGAGAUCUGCAUAGUCCAGUUCCGCUAUUUGGGCAAGCGCAACAUCAGCCGAAGCCUGGAGCCCUGGGUGUCGAAACUCUUCUCAUCUGAGAGGAAGUCUCAGACCAUGCCGGUGCUGCGAGGUCGAGGAAGCCUAAUGCAAGCAAAGCUGCAGCAGUUUAGCACUAUGGACACCUCAUUAACCCUGAACAUGGCUGGAGGUUCCACAGAAGCAGAGAUCAACCAUCAGUGCCUGCUUGAGGGGAAUAUGUCGACAGAGGCCUGCCUUACCGUGCUGGAUGUCAUCUCACUCUUCACUCAGAGCUUCAAGAAUCAGCUGCUGGACAGUGAUGGUCACAAUGCUCUGAUGACGAAGGUCUUUGACACGUACCUCACUUUACUGAAAGUCGGACAAUCAGAAACAGCAAUCAAACACAUCUUUGCCUCUCUGCGAGCCUUUAUCAUCAAGUUCCAGGUUCCCCUUUUUAAGGGCCGUGUAACUCUGUGUGGUUCGCUGUGCUAUGAAGUCUUGAAGUGCUGUAUGUCUAAACAAAGUGUCCUACGUGGGGAAGCGUCUGCCCUUCUAUACUUGCUCAUGAGGAACAAUUUUGAGUACACCAAGAGGAAAAGCUUCCUGCGCAUGCACUUACAGAUCAUCAUCGCUGUGAGCCAGCUUAUCGCUGAUGUGGCGCUUACCGGCAGCUCACGUUUCCAGGAGUCACUGUCCAUCAUCAACAACUUUGCCAACAGUGAUAAAGCUAUGAAGACCACCACGUUUCCAUCUGAAGUGAAGGGUCUGAUGAUGAGAAUUCGUACGGUUUUGAUGGCCACUGCUCAGAUGCGUGAGCACGAAAAAGACCCAGAAAUGCUGCUCGACCUUCAGUACAGUCUCGCCCGCUCGUACGCCAGCACUCCAGAGCUCCGGCGGACCUGGCUGGACAGCAUGGCACGAGCACACAGCAAGAAUGGAGACUUCUCUGAGGCUGCUAUGUGUAAUGUUCAUGUUGCUGCAUUGGUGGCAGAGUAUUUGCACAGGAAAAAGCUGUUCCCAAGUGGACUGGCAGCUUUUAAGAAAAUCACCCAGAACAUCGAUGAAGAAGGAGCUAUGAAAGAAGACAUGGGGAUGCAAGAUGUGUACUACACUGAGGAUGUCCUUGUAGAGCAGUUGGAGGUGUGUGUGGAGGGUCUGUGGAAAGCCGAGAGGUUUGAGCUCAUAACACACAUUGCGAGACUCAUCAUUCCAGUUUACGAGAAGCGGCACGAGUUUGAGAAACUGAGGCGAUUGUAUGACACACUGCAGCGAGCUUAUGCAAAGAUAUUAGAGGUGAUGCAGUCCGGCCGACGUCUGCUGGGGACUUACUUUAGAGUCGCCUUUUAUGGGCAGGGCUUCUUUGAAGAAGAGGAUGGAAAAGAAUACAUCUACAAAGAGCCAAAGCUCACAAGUCUGCCUGAAAUUUCCCAUCGGCUCAUAAGUCUCUACGGAGAAAAGUUUGGAGCUGAGAAUGUCAAAAUCAUCCAAGACUCUAACAAAGUUAACCAGAAAGAUCUAGAUCCGAAGUUUGCCUAUAUUCAGGUCACAUUUGUCAAGCCCUACUUUGAUGAGAAAGAACUGGCAGAGAGGAAGACAGACUUCGAAAAGUGCCACAACAUUCAGCGUUUUGUCUUCGAGACUCCAUUCACACUAACGGGAAAGAAACAAGGAGGGGUUGAGGAACAGUGCAAGCGGCGAACGAUACUUACCACUGCCAACACGUUUCCCUAUGUAAAGAAGCGCAUCAAGGUAGUGGGAGAAAAGCACUUGGAGCUGAAGCCGAUUGAUGUAGCAAUAGAUGAGAUGAAAGAGAAGAGCGCUGAACUCGUUAAGCUCUGCUCUAAUCAGGAGGUUAACAUGAUCACACUUCAACUCAAACUCCAAGGAUGUGUUAGUGUGCAGGUGAACGCAGGACCGAUGGCCUAUGCCCGAGCUUUUCUGGAUGAAUCCAAAUCUGGUCAAUCCAGUAAAAAAGUUAAGGAGCUCAAGGAAAUAUUCAGGCAAUUUGUCAAUGCAUGCAGCAUGGCUCUGGACAUUAACGAGAGACUCAUUAAGGAGGAUCAGUAUGAGUAUCACGAGGGACUAAAGGCUAACUUCAAAAGCAUGGUGAUAGAACUUUCGGAUAUCAUCCACGAGCAGAUCUUCCAGGAGGAUAUGAUGCGUUCCCUGCUGCAGAACUCUCUUCAUGUGUUCCGUGCUAUCAGUGGAACCUCCACUGACCUGAGCUAGAACCUGAUGGACAAUCAGCUCUCCUCGCACCUGAAUGUACAAAUCAAGAUUCUAGGCCUUCAGCAAGCAUCAUGUUUUUACUUGUUGUGUACAGCGAGUUUGUGUAAAUAUUGCUUUUACAGUUCAUUUUAAUGGCAACAUGAAGUCAAAAUCGACCCUAUUUACUUUCUUAAUGCACAUUCCUGGUCUUCUCAUGUUUGCAUUGAUGUUCCUUUUAGGCUCACAUCACCAAGCCGCCUUGUUUUUCAACUCUUACUCUCUUACCAUUAUGGAAACCCAUUUCCACCACAUAAGAAAAAAUGUCAUGGUUUCGUAUAUCAUAAUUAUGACAUAAAAAGUCAAAAUUAUAAUAUCUCAUUAUGAUGAGAUAGUCAAAAUUGAUAUAAGUCAAAAUUGAUAUAAAGUCAAUUAUGACAUGAACUUUGAAAUU